CAAAUUUUACCAUUGCACGAACUGUGGCGUUUCGUUGCUAGAGGAACGAUUACAUUUCUUUCUAAUUUAUCCUGUAAGUUAAGGAAUUUACAAUAGAUUGUUCUCUUUAUUCCGUGGAAUAUUGCAAGGGGAGAAACCAAGAUGUCACUUGAUAUGUAUGAACAUCUCAAGGUGGUAGGGAAAGGAAGCUAUGGAGAAGUGUGGCUAGUCAAACAUAAAAAAGACAAAAAACAGUUUGUUAUUAAGAAAAUGGAACUGCUCCGAGCGUCCAAGAGGGAGAAGAAAGCUGCAGAACAAGAAGCAAAGUUACUAUCCAAGCUACGUCACCCGAACAUUGUAUCCUACAAGGAUUCAUUUGAGAGUGAGGAGGGUUUCUUAUACAUAGUAAUGGGAUUCUGUGAUGGUGGAGAUCUAUAUACUAGACUAAAGCAACAGAAGGCUGUAGCCUUAGAGGAACGUCAGGUUGUUGAAUGGUUUGUCCAGAUUGCCAUGGCUUUACAGUAUAUGCAUGAGCGAAACAUACUCCAUCGGGACCUGAAAACACAGAAUAUUUUCCUGACUAAGAGCAAGAUCAUCAAGGUUGGUGACCUAGGUAUCGCUAGGGUUUUGGAAGGCAACAAUGACAUGGCUACAACCUUAAUUGGAACACCCUAUUACAUGAGUCCUGAGCUAUUCAGCAAUAGGCCUUACAAUCAUAAGUCUGAUGUAUGGGCCUUAGGUUGCUGUGUAUAUGAGAUGACCACACUCAAACAUGCCUUCAAUGCAAAGGAUAUGAAUUCUUUAGUUUACAAGAUACUAAGAGGAAAGAUGCCUGCUAUGCCUCAACAGUACAGCACAGAACUGGUUGAACUCAUCAAGGCAACAUUGAAUCAGAGUCCAGAGAAGAGACCUAGUGUAUCCAGACUUCUACGCAACCCAUAUAUUAAGAAACACAUAGCUAUCUUCCUUGAGGGAACGAGAGCCAGGAGACCAAGCACAUCUUCUGAAAGUAGUAGGAGAGGGUCUAAAGCUGACAUCCAGGAAAUUGAAGAACAGUCCACACCAGACAGCGAGACAGGUGGAAAAGAUCUUCCUGCUAUCUCUGAGGUUCCUUCCAAAAAGCAGGUAAAAGAUAACCAGAGUAAAUCUUCCACUCCAAGACCCAUUUCAGCCGGGAAGGAAAGAAAGAGUGCACAAGGUGUUAGGAAAUCACAACCAUCGGCAAGCAAAGAAGGAAAGUCAAGAAGUAAUGUCAAAACACCUUCAGAGCCCAAGCUUCCACCCAAAAAAUCAAGGCCUCUACCAGUUCCUCCAAAAGGUGGGACUCCAGAAACAAGUAAAGGUGCCAAGAGGUCAACAAACUCAGCAAGUUCUUCAAGAACUUCAUCUACAAGUUCAGUGAGCAACUCUAGAGAUGAUGCAAGUACACCAAGAACAGAUAGAGGUUCUUCUGCAAGAGCUCGAAGGAGAGAGAAGUUGAGAGAAUCACAGGAACAUCAGUCACCAUUAUCACAAGUAAGAAGAAGUUCUGAUGCUGUUCAUCGAAGCCAUGAUGAAACAGAUAGUAAUCAUUCAAGGAGACCAGUCAGUCAUACCAAGUCAGAUCCUGGCUCAAAGGAGUCACCAGCAUCAUCCUCAACAUCACACUCUAGGGAUGAAAGAACAAACCGACAUACCCGCUCAGAAAGUAGAGAUACAGACUCAACGAUAUCAGAUGAGGAGGAGGAAGAGGAUGACAACAAGAGUUCAGGAAAGAAGAAGGGUGAUGGUGAUGAAAUGGAAGAGUUCUCCAAUCUUCUUGCAACAACUCUAAGGAUUGAAAAGAAGAAGAAAGUUGUAGGUGAAGGUGGAGACUUUGGUCGAGACUCCCCAGACACUCCAGAGGAACCUAGUCCACCACCCUCAGCUAGACCAGGAUCUGGUUCUAAUCUUAAUGGAACUCAGGAUAUAGCCAUAGAAGCAGCAGCUCCUAGAGCACCAAAAGGACUAGGUAAUGCAACAAUGACAACAUCUGGUCGUCUGAUGGACCGUAUUGCUAUGCUAAGGAAAGACAUCAUGCAAGGCAUUGGUAUUGAGCUAUUAACACAGGCCUAUGAGAUCUUAGAGAAAGAUGAUGAUGAAGAUACAGAGAUGGAUAAAGAGUAUCGAGAGACCCAGUUAAUGCAAUUAAUGGGAAAACAGAAGUUUGACAUCUAUGGAGGCAAAAUAUGGCAGUUGAAAUUCUGUGAAGAGACUGUAUUUGGAUGAAAUACCUUUAAGUCAAGAUAAAAAGGAAAGAUCUUAUGAAUUCAUAUCUUCAUCAGUGUGUGUAGUAUUGGAAAAGAAGGUGAGUGUGGCAUAAACAAAUACAGAUAUGUUAUACCGACUUGGUGCGGUAGAGUACCUGUGUUUAUGUGAGAUGAUGUCCACAUAAAGAAGAAAAGAAAUGCUACUUUGUAAAAUAUUUCUUGCUGUAAUCUGCAAAUGUGGACCAACAACUUGAAACUUUUUACUGUUAUUUGUUUUCUGUAAAACCUAUAUAGUUAAGUAUAGAUAUCAAGAUUUAUCAUCAGAUUGUAGUGAUAUGACAGACAACAGAAUACAAUACCUAUUGUAUUAUGCACCUGUAAACGAUUCAAACCACCAAUUUUCAUUUGAUUAUUAUAUUUAAUAUAUUACUCCUAAUCUGUUAUUUAUAUAUGGAUUCUGUAAAUUGUAGAUAUGUGAAAUGAGAUAUAAAAAUAGAAGGAUAUAGUGAUAGAGAAAUGUGUGUUUAUUUUCCGUCCAUGUGGGUACAAAUUUGACAAAGUUGUGAGUUUAAAAAUGAAUUGAAUUGAUUUUAUAGGUCUCAUUACAAAAUGAAACAAGUAAAAGCUGUUGAUGUUAUCAUUUCAUUUUCAUAAUCAGGAUUUAAAAUACAUUUAUCAUACAUCUCUUCCUUAACCAAACAUGGAAAACUUUGUGGUUAAGAAAUUUUCAGAGGAAGUGUUUGUAUUCAAAAAGUUUGUGCUAGAAUAAUCCUGGCUAUCAUGUUUGUUUUCUUGUUAAGUGAACCGUUUUCUUUUAUCUAUAUUCUAUUUUCAAAACCAUUGUGAUUUUCUAAUAUUUACUCAGUACUAAAUGCAAGAAAGUGGAGGAGAAGCAGUGGCAUGUAUAGUAUAACAUACUAGAAAAGUUAGGCUUUACUGAGAGCUUUAAACCAUGCUGUUAAUGCUGUAUCGUCAUUGUGUUCUGUUUAUACUAGAAAUCAAUUGACAUUUGUUAUUUUGUGUUUUCAUUUCCUUCCUUCCGGUGAAAUAAAAUGUAAUGGAUUAUGUUACAAUUUUUAUCUAUUUCUCCUUUCAAAUUGAAUUUGUCCAACACGAAAUAAAAGUGUUAAAAAUACAUGUACAUUGUCAAACACGAAAUAAAAGUGUUAAAAAUACAUGUACAUUGUAAACUAGAAUUAGGUACAUAAAGGUAAUUUGUCAGUGUCUUACAACUGUAAAUUUUGCUUUUUAAUAUAAAAAUUGUCAAGAUGAAUUCCAACCGAUAUGAAGCAAAUAAUGAGUUGUUUCUCCGAUACUUUUCAGCACUGCAAAUUCCAUGAGUGCUCCAUCAAACACAAUUUUUUUUUAAUGCUGCAUCAGUUACAAAAUCUUGGAUAUGAUGUGAAAAUUUAUUUACCCACUAUACUGUACUACUUAAUGUUAUAAAUUGCAGCAGGCUGCUAUGACCCCUUUUGACAAUAUGUUUAUUCAUGGAAAUGCUUCAAAAUUGUAAUUAAUCUCCCAAGAAUCUUUGUAAUGUUUUUGAUUUAGUUUUAAUGCAACAAUGAACAUACAAGUUGAAAUACACUCCCCAAACAUUCCAGGUGUACAUGUAUUACCUAUAGGUACUGAUUAAAACUUUAUACCAAAGUGUAGGCUGAAAGUAUAUGUGCAUGAUAGAAUUACUCAACCUAAUUAUCUGGGUCCAUUACACAAAGGCUUGAUUUUUAUGAUUGAUUGUACAUUGUAGUCAAUGCAAUCAAGUGUAGAAAAAUGUUCUACAAUCAUUGCUAAGCUUUGUGUUACGAGCCCCUGGUCUUAAGAACUGUACAGUUGGUCGUUCAGGCACCACUCAAGGUAUGGUAUGCUGUGAUUCACUCUUAUGAAUGGUGUUAAUAUGUAAUCCUUCUGGCAUGUAUACAUUUUAGAUAGCGUUCGAACACUCAUUAUUGGCAUAUCCUGCCUAUGUUGUAUAGAACACACCUGUGGUAGAGGUAGAAAUCCUAUUGGUAUCAGUAUCAUCCCUUGUACAAGUGUCUUACAAUGUACUUUUUAUGUGCCUAAACUUUUUUUAGUGUUCCUGAAUAAUACUCAAAUAGUCUAAUAAAAAGGGAAGAUUAAGAUUAUUUCAUUUCUCAUCACAAUCUUUUGAUUUCUUUGAAUAUGAGUCUGAAGUUUUUUUUCAAGUUUUGUUCUAAUACCAGCCAAAUGUGAAUCAUGACUGAAUAAGUCAAUUAUCUGUAUUCUUCUGCAUAUGUAGAUAUUGUGCCUAUGCCAUAGUAGUUAUAUAAAUUGAAUUAUUCAUUUGGAGUGUAGUUGUGCAUUAAUAGACAUGGUAUUUUGCUUGUUGACCAAGAAAAAAGGUGAUGUUUGCCUUGUAAUGAAUAUAUAUUGAAUUAUUAAAGACAGAAGAUUCUGGCUAAUUCAUAUUUUAUUUUGUAGAGUUUCACAGUGUAAUCUGUUUAUUCAUGGUUUUCUUAGAAGACAUCUUUUUGUGUUUCUUUCCUUCUCCAUCUCUCUCUCUCCCCCCCCCCCCAUCUCUUUUUUUUUCUUUUCUCUUUCUCCCCCUCUCCCAUAUCCUCUAGGAAGUAAAAGAAAUGACCAGACAAUCUCAAAAGUAGUACUGUAAACAAAUAUUGAUGGAAGUAUAUAUAUCAAUUAUGAAGCAAUUACUAGUUAUAAUCCAACAUGAUACACACAUAGUACUUAGUUUUGUGUCUCGCCUGACUGAAGUUCGGUAGAGACAUAGUAGUAAUCACCUUUCCUGUUAGUCUGUUCGAAAAUGUUAAACAUUUUCGAACAGACUAACAGGAAAAGAGAUAGUUAUUGUUCAAUUUGCUCUCAUUACUUUAUUUCUACACCAAUUUAGUUCAUACUUUGUACAUAUGAUCCUUGGUAAAUAUCACAUGUGUGUCCGGGAGGGUGAUGGGGUCAAAAUUCAUCUAGGGGUCAAAAGGUCAAAUAAUAUGAGGCCAUGUCUGUUCCAAAAAUGUUAAAAAUUAUUUUCAGUUUGCUCUCAUUUCUUUAUUUCUGCAUCAAAUAUGUUGAGACUUGGUACAUUAUGAUCAUAGGGUACUACCACAUAUGUGUCCAUGAGGGUGAUGGGGUCAAAGGUUACAUAAGGUAAAAAGUUCAAGCUUUUGUUCGACUUGCUCUUAUUUCUGCAUCAAUUAUGUUCAUGCUUGGCUAAUAGGAUCCUUGGAUAAUACAUGUACCACAUGUGUCUCCAUAAGGGUGAUGGGGGCAAAGGUCAUCUAGGGGUCAAAAGGUCAAGUUUUUGUUCAAAAUGCUCUCACUGCUUUAUUUCUGCAUCAAUUAUGUUGACACUUGGUUCAUAUGAUCCUUGGGUAUUACCAUAUGCACGUCCAUGAGGAUGAUGGGGUCAAAAGGUCAAAUGAUAAAUGUUUUGUUCAACUUGCUUUUAUUUCUUUCUGCAUCAGUUAUGUUGACACUUCGUUCAUAUGAUCCUGCACGUCCAUGAGGGUGAUGGGGUCAAAAGGUCAAAUGAUAAUGUUAAAUUUUUUGUUCAUCUUGCUUUUAUUUCUUUCUUUCUGCAUCAGUUAUGUUGACACUUCGUUCAUAUGAUCCUGCACGUCCAUGAGGGUGAUGGGGUCAAAAGGUCAAAUGAUAAUGUUAAUUUUUUUGUUCAUCUUGCUUUUAUUUCUUUCUGCAUCAGUUAUGUUGACACUUCGUUCAUAUGAUCCUUGGGUAAUGUCCAUGAGAGUGAUGGGGUCAAAGGUCAAAAUGUCAAGUUCUCAUUCAAACUGCUCUAAUUUCUUUAUUUUUACACUUGGUACAAAUAACCAUUCGGUAAUACCACACAUAUGUCGAUGAGGAUAA